GUCUUCUUCGUCGUCGUCGACGAGGGGUCCGUUGACUCAUUAUGUUGAUGGGGACGACUGGGAGGUGAUUGGGGAUGAAGGGUUUGGAGGCAGCGGGCUCGGGUUCGGGUUUAGAGAGCGGUGCUUGUUUGGAUCAGCUCCGUCCAUGGAGGAGGCUGAGGAGGCUAUUUGUACUAUUCAGCAGAUAUUUGUUCCGAUUACAUCCACUCAGGUUGCUGAAGUUAAAUACCCUUCUUCUGUGGAUGGGGAAGUGGUGGAUGAAGUGAUCAGUUCAACAGAAGUGAUAUCCAGAGACUGCUCAAGCGAAUCAGAAUCAGAUUGGAUUGAGCCAGCACUGCACCUUUAUAACUCGAGAUCUUCUCAAUAUUCUGGAAAAGAGCACAUUCUUGAUGCAGUUCAUUUGUUCCAAACAAAUCCACCCUUCAAGAGAAUGGUUAGCGCAUUAUCAACGGAUCCAGCUGUAUGGGAUGCGGUCAUGAAAAAUGAGGUGGUGCAAGAACUCAAGAAGUCAUUUUAUGAAGCUCGAUCCAGUAGUGAACCUCACACACCAGAUGAAGACCCUGGCAUCCCGACAGGAAUACUAAGGUGGAUUAUGGACAGUACGAAAGGGAAAAUAAUGGAAUUCUUUGGCAUGAUUUCAAAGCUUGUGAAUGAUAUAUUUCCUCCACAUUAUGAGGACAAGGAACCUAAGCCUUUUGAUAAUGUUGUGAAAUCGUCAUUUAUGCUCUCUGUUGCGGUCUUCAUUAUCGUAGUGAUGACUCGUAUCCAGAAAGGUUAGCAAAAAAUUGUCGACAUGACACUUUGUAGUUACUGUUCUAGUUUGUUUGUUUAUGUUCCUGAAACUGAAGCUUUAUGCUGGAUUACAAUAUCUAAAUAACAGCAAAUUUGAAUAUUCUGUACAUAUGAAGAAAGAUGACUGUUUCUUUUUUGGGGCAUCAA